AUGCUGCUUUCUCCUGUUUUCUCAGUGCUCCUCCUUGUCUGCUUCCUCUCCCUUUCUCCUGCUUCCCCCUGCUCCCCCCUGCUCCCCCCCGCUUCCCCUUGCUCCCCCCUACUCCCCCCUGCUCCCCCCCGCUUCCCCUUGCUCCCCCCUACUCCCCCCUGCUCCCCCCCGCUUCCCCUUGCUCCCCCCUACUCCCCCCGGCUCCCCCCUACUUCCCCCUCCCCCUGUCCCCCUGCUGGCCUUUCUGUUGUGACGUGUUCGUGCCUCCUCCACACGCGUCCCCCCUCCACACGCGUCCCCCCCCUUCCACACGCGUCCCCCCUCCACACGCGUCCCCCUUCCACACGCGUCCCCCCUCCACACGCGUCCCCCUUCCACACGCGUCCCCCCUCCACACGCCUCUCUCCCUCCUCCACACUCCUGCUCUCUCCACGCGCCGCGCCUAGGUACCAGAUUUCAUUCGACAGCGCGCACGCACCUGCUCCUUCCACAGCCAAUGAGAGGCGGCCACGUGGACCGGACAAGGCGACAGCAGAGGGCAUGGCGCAGGCUCUCCGCAUGGUGACCAAGUCGUUUGCAAGUGUGUUUCCCUCCCUCCGUCUCCCUGCAUUUUCCUGCACGGGAGCAGUGACCAAGUCGUUUGCAAUAGCGACGGUGAUAGUGGCAGGGGGAGGAGCGGUGGCCGUGGCAGCGACGUUUCGAGCCUUGGAUGUCCAAACGGUGAGCGAUGUGGUGGUGCUGCUGGUGUGGUGGUGCUGCUGGUGUGGUGGUGCUGCUGGUGUGGUGGUGCUGCUGGUGUGGUGGUGCUGCUGGUGUGGUGGUGCUGCUGGUGUGGUGGUGCUGCUGGUGUGGUGGUGCUGCUGGUGUGGUGGUGCUGCUGGUGUGGUGGUGCUGCUGGUGUGGUGGUGCUGCUGGUGUGGUGGUGCUGCUGGUGUGGUGGUGCUGCUGGUGUGGUGGUGCUGCUGGUGUGGUGGUGCUGCUGGUGUGGUGGUGCUGCUGGUGUGGUGGUGCUGCUGGUGUGGUGGUGCUGCUGGUGUGGUGGUGCUGCUGGUGUGGUGGUGCUGCUGGUGUGGUGGUGCUGCUGGUGUGGUGGUGCUGCUGGUGUGGUGGUGCUGCUGGUGUGGUGGUGCUGCUGGUGUGGUGGUGCUGCUGGUGUGGUGGUGCUGCUGGUGUGGUGGUGCUGCUGGUGUGGUGGUGCUGCUGGUGUGGUGGUGCUGCUGGUGUGGUGGUGCUGCUGGUGUGGUGGUGCUGCUGGUGUGGUGGUGCUGCUGGUGUGGUGGUGCUGCUGGUGUGGUGGUGCUGCUGGUGUGGUGGUGCUGCUGGUGUGGUGUGGUGGUGCUGCUGGUGCUGUGUGUGGUGGUGUUGCUGAUGUGGUGGUGCUGCUGGUGUGGUGGUGCUGCUGGUGUGGUGGUGCUGCUGGUGUGGUGGUGCUGCUGGUGUGGUGGUGCUGCUGGUGUGGUGGUGCUGCUGGUGUGGUGGUGCUGCUGGUGUGGUGGUGUUGCUGAUGUGGUGGUGCUGCUGGUGUGGUGGUGCUGCUGA